CAAAAUUGAAAACAAAUUUAAAUUUGUUAUAGUCACGUGUAUUUAAAGUUUCAGUAUGUAUAUUAGAAGAUAUUACGGCCCGGUGGAAGUUUGUAAUUGUAACGGAAAUUUUCAUGACUAGGAGGUGACUGAGUAAAUAGAGAUAAGUUCCACGUGAUCUAAAAUUGAUAUCGGGCUCGUGAUUUCAUCCUUCGUUCCAUUUUGCCUUGGUUUUACGAAACGCCUCAUUUCUAAAGAACCACUUUUAAUUUCAAGAUGACUGACGAUUCACCAAUUUACAGCUCAUUUUUUGGCGUUAUGGGAUCCACAUCAGCUAUGGUAUUUAGUGCUCUGGGAGCAGCAUAUGGGACAGCAAAGUCAGGAACUGGAAUUUCUGCUAUGGCUAUUAUGAGACCAGAACUUAUUAUGAAAUCAAUCAUUCCAGUAGUUAUGGCUGGUAUCAUUGCUAUUUAUGGUUUAGUUGUUGCAGUUCUAAUUGCUAACAACUUAGCUCCAGAGUUAUCAUUGUAUAAAUCAUUUCUUCAGUUUGGUGCUGGACUCAGUGUGGGACUAAGUGGACUUGCAGCUGGAUUUGCUAUUGGAAUUGUUGGUGAUGCUGGAGUCAGAGGAACUGCACAACAGCCACGUCUCUUUGUAGGGAUGAUUCUUAUAUUGAUUUUUGCUGAAGUAUUGGGUCUUUAUGGUUUGAUUGUUGCCCUAAUUUUAACCACACAUUGAUUUUGUUUGACAAUAUAUCAAAAUUCAUUAACUCCUGUGUUUUCAGCCAUUGCUCAGUUUUGUUAAAAUGAGAUGUCAUUUUACAGUUAAGGAGAUGAUCAAGUCAUAAGCAAAAGUUUAUUGUCCAAGGGGUUUCAUUUCAUAAAUUAUGCAAUGUGUAUAAAUUGAAGAUUUAAACAUUAUAAUUAAGAUGAUUUUUUUUAUAUAAUUUUUGAAAUUAUUACAAAAAUGUUUUCUUUUUCUUAUACUAUUUCCAUAAAAUUUAUAUAUUAUUGCAGGAUAUCUUAUUUAACUGACAAAAGAAAAAAAUAACUAUUUACUUGAGAUAUUUAUAAAUAUAUAUAGUUAUACAAUAUUUGCAAGCCAAUUAUUGCUACUUGUGUAAAAAUUCAAUAUUUUAUUAAAUAGGCAAUUUUAUAACACAAUACAAAUGAAGUUAAAAUAUAUUUUUGAUAAAAAAGAUUGUUUUGUAUAAUAAUAAUUUUAUACUCACUAAAUGUAUUUAAAAGUAUAAAAAUACAAAUGAAGUGUAUUAAAGCAAUUUAUCAUGAAGUCUAAAA